AUGAAAAUCUUUCGUUUAAUUAAAUCACAUUCUGAUUCAGCUCUUCUUCAAAAUGAUCUAAAUACACUAUCUGUUUGGUGUAAUUUAAACAAAUUACCAUUAAAUAUUGAUAAGUGCAAAGUAAUGUCGUUUACUAGGUCUCGAUCUCCAAUUAUUAAUGAUUAUACCAUAAAUAAUAUUGUUCUACAACGCGUUUUUGAAAUUUGCGAUUUGGGGGUUACUUUUGACUCAACCUUUUCUUUCAAUAAACAUUAUCUAAACAUAACUAAAAAAUCAUCUACUAUAAUAGGUUUCAUUAAUAGAACUUAUAAAGAUUUUACUAAUUCCGAUGCCUUAAAAAUUCUGUAUUUUUCUCUAGUGCGUUCUUCUCUGGAAUACAACUCCGUCGUAUGGUCACCUUCUAGUGUGGUUCAUACACAGAGCUUAGAAGCUAUUCAAAAUUAUUUUCUUCGUUUUAUCUCUUACAAAUGCAAUAUACCACGUAAACCUCACUCACAAUAUACACCGUUAUUAAUCAAAUUAAAUAUGACCACUCUAGCGGCAAGGAGAAAAAUCAUUGAUUUGAAAUUUCUAUAUAAAAUAGUAAAUGGUUUUUUAAAUUGUCCCGAAUUACUCAGCUGCUUAAAUUUUAAUGUUCCUCAUUGUCGUACUAGAUCUGCAAAUACUUUUUAUAUUCCAUUACAAAGAACUAAUUACGCACUUUGUUCACCUAUUAAUAGAUUAAUGAAAAUAACUAAUGACGUCCAAAUAGAUCUAUUUAGUUUUCCUUCUUUUGAAUGUUUUUGUAACUUUAUUGCGUAUCUGUAA